CACCAUCCCUCCAAGAUGAGUAACAGUCACCCACUUCGUCCUUACACGGCUGUGGGUGAGAUUGACCACGUUCACAUUCUGUCGGAGCAUAUUGGCGCUCUAAUGAACGGGGAAGAAUACAGUGAUGUGACUUUUAUUGUAGAAAAGAAACGUUUCCCAGCACACAGAGUGAUCCUGGCUGCUAGGUGCCAUUAUUUCAGAGCAUUGUUAUAUGGAGGAAUGAGAGAAUCUCAGCCUGAAGCAGAAAUACCUCUUCAGGACACCACUGCAGAAGCAUUUGGCAUGCUGUUGAAGUAUAUUUACACUGGUCGUGCUACACUACGAGAUGAGAAAGAGGAGGUUCUCCUAGACUUUCUAAGCCUAGCACAUAAAUAUGGGUUUCCAGAACUGGAGGAUUCCACAUCUGACUAUCUUUGCACAAUACUUAAUAUUCAGAAUGUCUGUAUGACAUUUGAUGUUGCCAGUCUUUAUUCCCUCCCCAAAUUAACUUGUAUGUGCUGUAUGUUCAUGGAUAGAAAUGCCCAAGAGGUGCUCUCCAGUGAAGGCUUCCUAUCGCUUUCUAAGGCUGCUCUGUUAAGUAUUGUACUGAGGGACUCAUUUGCAGCUCCUGAGAAGGAUAUUUUCCAGGCUUUGAUGAAUUGGUGUAAACAUAACCCCAAGGAAAACCAUGCUGAAAUAAUGCAAGCAGUACGUUUGCCACUAAUGAGUUUAACAGAACUACUAAAUGUUGUAAGACCUUCUGGAUUGUUGUCACCUGAUGCCAUCCUAGAUGCCAUUAAAAUUCGUUCAGAGAGUCGGGACAUGGAUCUCAACUACAGGGGCAUGCUAAUACCAGGGGAAAAUAUUGCAACGAUGAAGUAUGGAGCACAGGUAGUAAAAGGGGAGCUGAAAUCUGCUUUAUUAGAUGGGGAUACUCAGAACUAUGACUUGGAUCAUGGCUUCUCUCGACACCCGAUUGAUGACGACUGCCGUUCUGGAAUUGAAAUCAAACUGGGCCAGCCAUCAAUAAUCAACCACAUACGAAUACUCCUGUGGGACAGAGAUAGUCGGUCUUAUUCCUACUACAUUGAAGUGUCCAUGGAUGAGUUAGACUGGAUUCGGGUUAUCGAUCACUCUAAAUACCUCUGUCGUUCCUGGCAGAACCUGUAUUUUCCUGCCCGUGUCUGCAGGUAUAUUCGAAUUGUUGGGACCCACAACACAGUGAACAAAGUUUUCCAUAUUGUGGCGUUUGAAUGCAUGUUCACGAACAAAACCUUUACCCUUGAGAAAGGUCUAAUAGUUCCCACUGAAAAUGUUGCAACAAUUGCAGAGUGUGCCAGUGUGAUUGAGGGUGUAAGUCGCAGUCGCAAUGCCCUGUUGAAUGGAGACAUAAAAAACUACGAUUGGGAUUCUGGGUACACCUGCCACCAGCUUGGGAGCGGAGCUAUAGUAGUACAGCUAGCACAGCCCUACAUGAUUGGAUCAAUACGGUUGCUACUUUGGGACUGUGAUGAUCGGAGCUACAGCUACUACAUUGAGGUUUCAACAAAUCAGCAGCAGUGGACUAUGGUAGCUGAUCGGACAAAAAUUGCCUGCAAAUCCUGGCAAACAAUCACUUUUGAUAAGCAGCCUGCGUCUUUUAUCAGAAUAGUCGGAACUCACAACACAGCUAAUGAGGUGUUUCACUGUGUGCAUUUUGAGUGCCCAGCACAAAACGGUACCCACAAGGAUGAAAAUAGUAAGGAAGUGGCAACAACAGAGUUGGGAACUGGUGGACAACAGCUUGGUUCUCGCCCUGUUCGAGCUGCAAGCACUAGUUCCCUGCAUUCCCCUUCUGGAUCCACCUCACGUUCCCAUACUCACCAACCGUAA